UUGAAAGUGAAACCGCAAAUUCAACUAUCGUGGCUGAUCUUUAUUGUGGCCAGCUUCACAUAGGUUAGAUUCUUGGCGAUACUAAGGUUCCAGCUCAGUCGCAGUUCAGAUGGACUCGUCUAUGUACCUCUAUGAUGUCCCCCCAGUUUUGAUGGAGAAGUUUUGUAAGAUAAUCGACAGCGGUGAUGACAGCCUCGGAUGGCGCGGGCUCGCGGCGCGUAUCGUGCCAAGUUGGACGGAGGUGCGACGCACCGAGAGGCUGGAGGCAAUAGGCAAGAGCCCCACGCGAGAACUCAUCUGGUCGUGGGCGCAACAGAACACAACUGUUGGGGACCUUGUGAAGGUGUUGGAGGAUAUGGGUCACUACAGAGCUCUACAGCUCUUUAUUCCUCAAGAAACACAGUAUUCCUUCCCCAACAGUGGACCAUCAAAGAGCAGCAGGGAUAAUCCCUCCCCUCCUCAGUUACCCACGCCACCCCCACCUGUCAGCGAGUCGACCCGACCUGGUUGGAACCAGUCUAAUGAUCAUGUGUCAAGUGAAGGUAGAAACCACAGGCUUGUGAUCACCUACUCAGACGUCGUAGAGGGAACUCGACAUUUUCACCAGGACAUGAAGAUCUCUGAGGGCAGCUUCUCUGCUGUCUACAGAGCGGUGAAGGGAAAUGAAACCUUCGCAGUCAAGCUCUUCAAGCAGGUGCAGAAAGCCUCAUGGAGGAAGUUGUGGGAUCUAUUCAGGAGAGAGAUGGAAGUUCAUCAUCUCUACCAGCAUCCUAACAUCUUAGAGCUGUUGGGUUGUUACUCUGAUGGGGAUCGUUACUGGCUGGUAUACCCUUAUCUUCCCAACGGAUCUCUGUUCCACAGACUGCAUGACCAGGUGAGGUAUUCUAUUCUAUACCCCUUACCUUCCCAACGGAUCUCUGUUCCACAGACUGCAAACCCUGUCACACCUGAGUUCCAAAGCGUAUUCUCUCUGUGUAGUUCUAACAUACUGCUGGACGAGCGGCUGCAGCCCAAGCUGUCUGAUUUUGGGACGGCCCGUCUCAGGCCCCACUCCGUCAGUCAGAGCUGCACCGUUACCUUGGAUACGACCUUCGGAACCCUGGGCUACCUGCCGGAGGAGUACAUACGAGACGGAAAGCUGUCCGUCAGUCUGGACGUGUUCAGCUUGGGAGUGGUUAUAAUGGAAAUGAUAACGGGACGGAAAGCUAGAGAGGAGACUCCUAAACACACCCUGCUGAGAAACGUCCUACGUGGAGAGGUGGAGGACACUGGCAGUGUAGACUCCUGUCUUCAGUAUCUGGACCCGAGAGCUGGUCUUUGUCCCCACUCUAUGUCCUUUACCUUGUUGCGUCUAGCCCUGGACUGCACCGCUACACGACCACGCAACAGACCCACCAUGGAGAAUGUGUUACAGGUAUUGAGCCAGCUGCUUCCCCUGCCGUGCCCACCUGAAGACCAGCCCCACACGCUGACCGACGAGGCCCCAGCUCCCCCUGCCUCUCCUGCCCAGACGGGACAGGGCCCCAGCUCCAACCCCAGCCCCAGUGUGCCUGUGGAGGAUGAUGAGCUGCACAGUUACCCCGUUGAGAACCCACAGCCAGCUCCAGCCCAGGGAGGACCCUGUGAGUGUAGCCAGUCAGAGGUCACCUAUCUGGGCAGUGGGGAGCGGAGCAGCCACCUGUCACGGGAGGGGGCUGGAGAAAGAGCAGGGCUAGGGGCUGAUGAGGCUGACCAGAGCCUACAGACCAAUGGAGAGCCAGUGGAUCUUUACGGUAGCUGGCCAGUCCAAUGUAGCUGUUCAGCUGAGGUGAAUGGAAUGGGCUGUGAAGACUGUAGAGCCAAUGGGUUUACUCCCUGCCCCUCAGACCUCCCUCAAGGUGACCUCAGCUUCUCUUCCCUCAGUAUAGUGGACAACCCUGCCAAGCAGAGAAUGAUGAAUAAGAUUGAUCUGUACAACAGAGGCCUCCUCAGAACAGAGGAACUCCUCUCUGUCUCCAUGACCACCCAGGAGUGACAAAGCUACAGAGGAACUCCUCUCUGUCUCCAUGACCACCCAGGAGUGACAAAGCUACAGAGGAACUCCUCUCUGUCUCCAUGACCACCCAGGAGUGACAAAGCUACAGAGGAACUCCUCUCUGUCUCCAUGACCACCCAGGAGUGACAAAGCUACAGAGGAACUCCUCUCUGUCUCCAUGACCACCCAGGAGUGACAAAGCUACAGAGGAACUCCUGUCUGUCUCCAUGACCACCCAGGAGUGACAAAGCUGA